AUGCUUUUUAGUUGGAUAGGAUCAAUUUUAUUUUUAAUAUUUAUUAAAACUAUCAUUUGUCACAAUAACCAAUUUCCAGGACAAGAACCUCCUCUUCAGGGACAUCAUGCCGGAGGUCAACAACAACAUCAACAACAACAACAACAUCAAAAUAUGGAACAAUUUGGUGGUCAGGCAGCUCAUGAUGCUGAACAUAUUAAAGAACAUCUAGAUGGAAAAAUUGAUCCUACAUCUAAUAUGACACCUGAACAAUUACAAUUUCAUUAUUUUAAUAUGCAUGAUUUGGAUAAAAAUGGAAAAUUAGAUGGAAUUGAGUUAAUUAAAGCAAUUACACAUUUUCAUCAAGAAAAUCCUGGUCCACAACAUAAAGAUACAGGUGUCCCUCCACCAUUACCAUCUGAAAUUGAACUUGAACAAAUGAUUGAUUCUAUUCUUAAGGAGGAUGACUUCAAUAAUGAUGGUUUCAUUGAUUAUGGAGAAUUCCUUAAAGCACAACAACAACGAGAUCAAGCUCAUAGAAAUGCAAAUGCACCAAAAUAA